GAACCAUAACAACAGCUGGACCCAGCUAACUAGCUAGCAAAGUGAUUCAGGCUGCUGCCUCUGUUUGUUUAUAUUCGCGGUUCCGGUUCGGUUCCGGUUCGGUACCGGCGGCUCAACGGGAUGCUAGCAGGCCGGCGGUCGUAGCCAGCGCACCGCGAGGGACAUGAAGACGGUUACCGCGCGCUGAGGCUGAAGUUUGUGACCGUUAGCAGCCGUUGGGAGCCGUUAGCAGCCGUUAGCAGCCGUUAGCAGCCGUUAGCAGCCGUUAGGAGCCGUUAGCAACCGUUAGCAACCGUUGGAACCGGAGGGACGUCGACAGGGACCUGCUAACAGGUUAAAGCACAACACGGAGGAGAAACAUCGUCAUCACCCGACGUGUGAGGAGGCGCGAUGGGGAACCAGCUGGCGGGCAUCGCCCCGUCACAGAUCCUCUCUGUGGACAGCUACUUCUCAGACAUCCACGACCACGAGUACGACAAGAGCCUGGGCAGCACCCGCUUCUUCAAGGUGGCCCGGGCCAAGCACCGCGAGGGCCUGGUGGUGGUCAAAGUGUUCGCCAUCCAGGACCCGUCGCUGCCUCUGACCAGCUACAAACAGGAGCUGGAGGAGCUGAAGAUCCGACUGCACUCCUGCCAGAACUGCCUCCCCUUCCAGAAGACCUCCCUGACGGAGAAAGCCGCCAUCUUGUUCCGUCAGUACGUGCGGGACAACCUGUACGACCGCAUCAGCACCCGGCCCUUCCUCAACAAUGUGGAGAAGCGGUGGCUCGCCUUCCAGAUCCUCAACGCCGUCGACCAGGCGCACAGAGCCGGCGUCCGCCACGGCGACAUCAAGACGGAGAACGUGAUGGUGACCAGCUGGAACUGGGUGCUGCUCACCGACUUCGCCAGCUUCAAGCCCACCUACCUGCCCGAGGACAACCCCGCAGACUUCAACUACUUCUUCGACACGUCCAGGCGGCGGACGUGCUACAUCGCGCCGGAGAGGUUCGUGGACGGAAGCAUGUUCACCACGGAGAGCGACCAGAACACGCCGCUGGUGGACCUGACCAACAACAACCAGAGGAGCAGAGGGGAGCUCAAACAGGCCAUGGACAUCUUCUCUGCAGGCUGUGUGAUAGCGGAGCUGUUCACGGAGGGCGUCCCUCUCUUCGAUCUGUCCCAGCUGCUGGCCUAUCGUAAAGGACACUUCCAGACGGAGCAGGUCCUCUUGAAGAUCGAGGACCGGAGCAUCCGGGAGCUGGUUGCUCAGAUGGUUCAGAGGGAGCCGGAGAAGCGUCUGACAGCAGAGGAGUAUCUGAAGCAGCAGAGAGGGAAAGCCUUCCCCGACAUCUUCUACACCUUCCUGCAGCCGUACAUGGCUCAGUUCGCCAAAGAGACCUUCCAGUCGGCAGACGAACGAGUGCUCGUCAUCCGCAAGGACCUCGACAACAUCCUGCACAACCUGCGGGGAGGCUCCUCCUCUUCCUCCUCGUCUCCGGAGGGCGGCGACGGCGUGCUGAGCUCCCGGGAGGAGCAGGGCCUCAUUGUCCUGGUGUCGGUCAUCACCUCCUGCCUGCAGACGCUGCACUCCUGCGACUCCAAGCUGGCGGCGCUGGAGCUCGUCCUCCACCUGGCGCCGCGGCUCGCUGUCGACAUCCUGCUCGACCGCAUCACGCCGUACCUGCUGCACUUCUGCAAUGACCCCGUGCCCCGCGUGCGCGCUCAGGCCGUGCGCACUCUGGCCAAAGUGCUGGCGCUGGUAAAGGAGGUGCCGAGGAACGACGUCAACAUCUACCCGGAGUACAUCCUGCCGGGCAUCGCCCACCUCGCCCAGGACGACGCCACCAUCGUCAGGCUGGCGUACGCAGAGAACAUCGCUCACUUGGCAGAGAGCGCGCUGCGGUUCCUGGAGUUGGUUCAGGAAAACAACGUGAACACAGAACAGGACCUGAGCGGCGAGGACACGGAGGAGGCGCUCCACCCCAACGAGAACUACGACUCAGAGCUGCAGGCGCUGCACGAGAUGGUGCAGCAGAAGGUGGUGACGCUGCUGAGCGACUCGGAGAACAUUGUCAAACAGUCGCUGAUGGAGAACGGCAUCACGCGCCUCUGCGUCUUCUUUGGCCGGCAGAAAGCCAACGACGUGCUGCUGUCGCACAUGAUCACCUUCCUCAACGACAAGAACGACUGGCACCUGCGAGGAGCCUUCUUCGACAGCAUCGUGGGCGUGGCGGCGUACGUCGGCUGGCAGAGUUCGUCCAUCCUGAAGCCGCUGCUGCAGCAGGGACUGAGCGACACCGAGGAGUUCGUCAUCUACAAAGCUCUGAACGCUCUGACCUGCAUGUGUCAGCUGGGACUGCUGCAGAAACCUCACAUCUACGAGUUCGUCAGUGACAUCGCUCCGUUCCUGUGUCAUCCCAACCUGUGGAUCCGUUACGGGGCGGUGGGCUUCAUCACCGUCAUCGCACAGCACCUCAACGUGGCCGACGUCUACUGCAAACUGAUGCCCCACCUCAACCCCUUCAUCACCCAGCCCAUCAUCCAGAUCGAUAAGGAGCUGGUCCUGCUGAGCGUGCUGAAGGAGCCGGUCAGUCGCUCCAUCUUUGACUACGCCCUGCGCUCCAAAGACAUCGCCAGCCUCUUCCGACACCUGCUGCUCCGACAGAAGAAGCGUGCGGGAUCCAUCCCAGAAUGCCCUACUCCGGAGGACCCCGCCAUCGCACAGCUUCUCAAGAAGCUGCUGUCACAGGGGAUGACCGAGGCCGAGGAGGACAAGCUGCUGGCGCUCAAAGACUUCAUGCUGAAAUCCAACAAGGCCAAAGCCAACAUGGGCGAGCAGAGUCACCUGGGAGAGGCGGCCCAGACCGGCGUCAUCGACCUGGCCACGCUCGGCAUCACUGGCCGGCAGGUCGACCUGGUUAAACCGAAGGCUGAGGCCGAGGACAAGAGAGCGAGGAAGCACACGAAGCAGGACUCGACGAUGAACGAGGAGUGGAAGAGCAUGUUUGGAUCUCAGGAGCCGCCCUCCGCCCAGACCACCACGGCUGCUGACGGUCCGGCGAGUCAGAUCAGGAAGAGCGCCGUGGCCCCGGCGGUGCCCGUGCUGCAGUCAGUGGCGAGCGGCCCCGCCUACCAGCGCCGCAUCAACACCUGUAAGGUGGAGCUGCAGCAGCUGGUGCAGCAGAAGAGGGAGCAGUGCAGCGCCGAGCGCAUGGCCAAACAGAUGAUGGAGAGCGCAGAGUGGGAGAGCCGACCUCCUCCACCGGGGUGGCAUCCUAAAGGGCUGCUAGUCGCCCACCUCCACGAGCACAAAGCCGCCGUGAACCGCAUCCGAGUGUCUGACGAACACUCCAUCUUUGCUACGGCGUCCAACGACGGCACCGUCAAGGUCUGGGACAGUCAGAAGAUGGAGGGAAAGACCACGACCACCAGGUCGGUGCUGACUUACUCUCGUAUCGGCGGCCACGUGAAGACGUUGACCUUCUGUCAGGGGUCGCAUUACCUGGCGGUGGCCUCGGACAACGGCUCCAUCCAGCUGCUGGCGGUCGAAGCGAACAAGCCCCCAAAAUCUCCCAAAGUUCAGCCCUUCCAGACGAGGUCUCUGGACCUGCAGGAGGACGGCUGCGCGGUCGACAUCCACCAUUUUAACUCGGGCGCACAGUCGGUGUUGGCGUACGCCACCGUCAACGGUUCGCUGGUCGGCUGGGACCUCCGCUCCAACUCCAACGCCUGGACGCUCCGCCACGACCUCCGCCUCGGACUCAUCACCUCGUUCACCGUUGACAUGCACCAGUGCUGGCUCUGCCUAGGUACGAGCAGCGGCACUAUGGCCUGCUGGGAUAUGAGGUUCCAGCUCCCCAUCUCAAACCACUCCCACCCAGCGCGAGCACGAAUCAGACGCCUGCUGAUGCAUCCGCUCUACCAAUCAUCUGUCAUCGCAGCUGUCCAGGGGAAUAACGAAGUGUCCAUGUGGGACAUGGAGACCGGCGAUCGUAAAUUCACUCUGUGGGCGAGCUCUGCACCACCACUGUCUGAGAUGCAGCCGUCUCCUCACAGUGUUCACGGGAUCUACUGCAGUCCUGCUGACGGGAACCCUCUGCUGCUGACUGCUGGAUCUGACAUGAGGAUCAGGUUCUGGGACCUGGCGUAUCCCGAGAGGUCGUACAUCGUGGCGGGAGGAGCCAACGACUCGCUGCACUGUCCGUCUGUCCUCUACAGCAGGAAGAUCAUCGAAGGGACUGAAGUCGUACAGGAGAUCCACAGUAAACAGAAGAGCGGCGUGGUGGAGGACUCUCCUCGCCGCGGCCCAGAAUCCCUCCCUGUGGGACACCAUGACAUCAUCACUGACAUCGCCACCUUCCAGACCACACAGGGCUUCAUCGUGACCUCGUCCAGAGACGGCAUCGUCAAAGUCUGGAAGUGAGGACGACGACGGCCGCGCACACACACACACACACACACUCUCACGCACACGCGCACACACACACACACACACACUCUCACGCACACACACA